UCAAAAGUAUAUUGAGCAAGAACUAGCAAUUUUUGCCUUAUUGCUUUGCAAUAAAGCACAAUUAUAGUAUUUCCCGUAAAAAAUAUUUGUAUUCGCAACAGUGCAGUUUUUAUGCACUAUUAUUCCUUUUGCAAAGUUGGACCAUAGCAAAUGUAAGAGGAAGUGCGUUGCACUCCAUGGUUGCAGUGGUGUGGCCUUACUUGCCAUCUAGGGGAGCUUACACAAACUAAACACGCAUCGGUCUUGCAUCUCUGGCGGCCAAAACAAGAACCAACAGAUCCGAUCCUGUUUCUGUCCGUACGCGAACCCGUGUGUGCGUGUGCUGGAGCUGUCAAGUGCAUCCCGUCGUGUUUUUAAUUGAAAGAGAACGCACCGGGUACCGGCGCUAGGCACCGGGCUUCUCACGGAUUGUGUGACCGAUGGCCGCGCGUGCACUGUGAGACCUCGGCGGCUGCAAGCUGUUUGUGGACCUCUAACCGGCCUCCCUUUUUAACAACGGGCGAUGGCCAAAAUCCUCAAGCACCUCGGCUUCGGCAAAAAGCCGCCGAUGCCUCCGCGAGUGGAUUACAAUAUGCGGUCGUACUUGGGAUUAGGUAUGCCCAUCCGUUGCAACAGCGAGAGCAACCUGCUGGAAGCCGUGGCCGAAGAGCGUGCCAUCAACAAGAUGACUCACCGUUCCCAGGACGACACUCAGUUGGUGCUGGUACCAGACUACUGCGACCCUGCCGACUUGAAGGAGCAGUUCCGCAAGGAGAUCGGCGCGCGACGUCGGGCGGCCGCCCUCGCCACCGCGGCGGCCGGAGUCGUCGGCACUCUGGACGACGACUUCUACUCGACGCCCUACGAGACUCAGAGCCGCCCUUCCGCAGUCGCCAAAGGUGCGUGUGCGUCUUCACAAAAGCACAUUUCUGCAAAGGGCACACCUUCUUUUGCAAAGAAAACGUUAUUCAAGUUUUUUUUUUACUCAUUAGCUUAA